CCACCCAAGGAUAGCGAUAAAGUUCCGUCCUUUCAGUACAUAAGGGAAAGUCAAGCAGACACAUCAGCCACGCACCAGCCGCCUGCAUGAUAUCCAAGCUCGCCCUUUUUCUCCUCUACGUCACCGCCACAAGCGGUAAUCCCGCGGCUGGACGGCCAUGGAAAUGGAAGUCUCCUCAGCCAAAGGUUACUCCGACUGGCCCAAUUAGGUCACCUCGCAUCGUAGGGGGCAGGGAGGCGCUGCCCCACUCAUGGCCCCACCAAGCCGCUCUCUUCAUCGACGACUUCUACUUCUGCGGCGGCUUCCUCAUCUCUAGCGAGUGGGUGCUGACUGCCGCUCACUGCUUGGACGGCGCCAGGUCAGUGGAGGUGGUCUUGGGCGCUCAUAACAUACGUGAGCACGAGGCCACGCAGGUCAGCCUCACCAGCGCACAGUUCACAGUCCACGAGCAUUGGGACUCCCACACGCUGAGGAACGACAUCGCCGUUAUCAGGCUGCCGAGACUGGUGACCCUGAACCAAUACAUCGCCACCACCAGGCUGCCCACUUUCGACCUGAACCUAUUCAAAACUGCUACUGUGACUGGCUGGGGCAAAUACUCUGACUCUGCCACAGGAAUCUCUGAUGUGCUUCGCGAAGUCAACAUCACUGUCAUCAACAAUUCGGACUGCGAUGCUGUCUACGGGAUUAUGACCUCUGGAAAUAUCUGCACCUCUGGCGUGGGUGGGAAGGGGACGUGCAGUGGUGAUUCAGGUGGACCCCUCAACUACGAUGGUUUCACCUUCGGUAUCACCUCUUUCGGCGCAUCGGUGGGCUGUGGGAAGGGCUACCCCAACGCCUUCACCCGCAUCACGCACUUCCUGGGAUGGAUCCACACGCACACCGGCGUUACUGCCUGAGCGCCUGCCUGGGAGGAGUGGACGCUAUGACUGCAGGACUUGCUUUGUUCAGAGACGUAGUGUUCAACUUAUCAGUGUUGCCAAAAUCCACUAUUCUUAUUCUCUUUCUCUAGUUUCUUAUUUGAGUGAUUACUAGGAGUCUGAAAUUGUAAAUUAGGGGAUGUGUUAUUAUUGUUAUUUUUACUAUUAUUUUUAUUUCUCACCUUUCUCACCUGCGCCUGUUAGGUCACAGCCUGUCAGUCACCAGAGCUCUCCCUGCAAAGUCUCUCCAUUUCUUAUGGUCCAUGUGUCUUCACGUCGUCUAGUCUCUCUUCUCUCCUCUUAACUGUCUCCUCGACACCUUCCAUCUAUCUCUUCCUUGGUCUUCCCACUAGUCUUCUCCCCUGCGGUAUUCAUUCCAGUGUCUGUCUCGGUAACCUAUCCUCUUCCAUUCUCAUUACAUGUCAGUAUCAUUUUAAGUCGGUUUCUUUCCACAACCUCAUUGAUGGCGAUUAAUCCCACUUCUCCUUUUAUAUCCUUAUUUCUUAUUCGAUCUCUUCUAGUUACGCUCUUGAUCAAUCUUAGUACUUUCAUUUCGGUUGCUUGUAGUUUUUAUUUAUUUCUUCGUGUCAGAGUCCACACCUCAGAGUCGUAAAGUAAUAUUGGCAGUAGGAUGAUGGUAUAAAUUAUUAUCUUGGUGUUUUGAGGGACGUGUCUGUCUUUUAGUAUUGGAUACAUUGCCAUUAAGUUGUUGUUAUAUUUAGGUAUUCUAUGAUUUAUUUCCACUUCCCGCUUAUUUUCUGCGUUUAUUUGUAUAUCCAGGUAUUGAAAAUUCUGUACCUGUUUUAUUUGUUCUCCUCCUUUGUGUUUAUAGUAUGUAUUCAUGAUUGAGAGGUGGUUUAAUAUACAAAACUCAAUAACACGUU